ACGCUUUUUGCGUUAGAUCAGAUCAGUAGCGUUGCGUACUUGCGUUGAACAGCGCAGCAACAAAUUGAUUUGACUGUUCAAAAUAACAGACGCUGUCUAUUUUAAAUUUUAAACAUGGGAAGACACAAUAAAAGUAGGUCGCGUUCGAGAGAUAAGGACUCUAGAAGUCAUCGUGAUUCUUCGUUGAGACACAGAGAAGAAUCUGCAAGGAAGCCCUCAUCCAGUCUAAAAGAAAAAGAGUAUGAGGACCAAAGAAGAGACAGCAAAUACCAACAAAGGAGGUCAAGGUCUCCAAAGAAUACAAAAGAAAAACCUAGUAGAAGUAGAAAACAAUCCCAAAGUCCUUCUGAUUCCAGUGAUAGUGAUGGAAAACUUGUUAUGAACAAGGACCUAUUGGAAAAAUUAGAAAAGGAACGUCAGAGAGUUUUGGCAGACAAAAAGAAAUGGAAGGAACAGAUGAAAGCUCUUGAAACUCCAGAAGAGAAACGAAAGAGGAGGCUAUUGAAGAAGGAAAGCAAAGAAAUGAAACGAAAAGAGCAGAUGGGGUGGGACAAUGAACUUCUUCAAUACACAAAUUCAGAUAAUCCUUUUGGAGAUUCUAAUUUGCUUGAUAAAUUUGUAUGGAAAAAGAAAUUUGAGAAAGAAGGGAGAGGUGACAUGAGCCAAGAAGAGAUUGAGCGGGAGCUUAGAAUGAAACAAUUGGCCAACAGAGAUGAACUUGAAAAGGUUAAAGCCAGAAGGUUAGAAAGAGAAAAAGAAAAAGAAGCCAGAGAAGAUGAGACAGCAGAUCUGCAACGUACCAAAGAAGCUGAACAAUUCAAAGAAUGGCAGCAAAGUGAAGAUCAAUUUCAUUUGGAGCAAGCAAAGUUACGUUCAGCUAUUCGCAUUCAGGAUGGAAGAGCAAAGCCUGUUGAUGUCUUGGCAAAAUAUAUAAAUUCCGAAAAUGAUCCUGAAGCUGUGGAGAUGAACGAACCUUAUUUUUAUCUCAUGGGAUUGACAUUGACUGAUUUAGAAGACUUAGUAGCCGACAUUAAGGUGUACAUGGAACUGGAAAAAGAAUCUAGUAAUUUGGAUUACUGGAAUGAUUUAAUGGUUAUUGUCGAAGAUGAAGUCCGAGCUAUGAGAAAAAUAGAACGAUCCAAGAAGAGUGAUUAUGAAGCUGCUAUGGGUCGACAAGAGGGUAUCCACACAGCCGUAGCCCAGGACGUAGCUAGCAUAUUUAAAAACAAGACAGCUCCUGCACUGUUGGCUCUAAAAAGCAACAUCGAAAAGAAGAUUGCUGCACGUCAGGAAGGUGUUGACAUUUCGUAUUGGGAAAGUCUUCUAAGCCAGCUGAAAGCCCAUAUUGCACGGGCACGACUACGCGAUCGCCAUGGAGCUAAUUUAAAACGAAAACUGGAACUUCUCAAAGCACAGCAAGGUCUCAUUGACACCGCUGCUGCAGAGGCAUCACGUUCGGGGGUUAAAUUGGAGCCCGAAGAUGAAGACGCAAGUGCGGAAGCUGUUGCAGAACAACCUAGCACUGCUGAGCAGGACGAAGAAGAGGAAGAAGAACCAGGUGAUGCAGAUGAUGAGCUAGAGAUCCGAGGCCAAGCAGAGAGGGACCUCCUAGAACCUUGUUUAGUUGCUUACGAAACGGGUCGAUACAGUCCAGUGUACCUGGAACCCAGCCAGAUGGAACCAACACAACUCAUCUACACUGAAGAAGAUGACUUGGAGCGAUUAGAGUUUGCCCGUGCCCGUGUACAAGGCCGUGGAGUGGCCAGCGGCGCCACCGAAUCGGAAGUAUCAUUAGAAGAACGAGCAAUGCGUGGUGAAGCGUUAAAAGGCAUGUCGGCCGAUGAAGCAAUAUUUUCCGUUGAAUCGGCUAUUGACAAACCAGUUUACCUGUGGUCGGAUAAAUACCGACCUCGCAAACCUCGGUACUUUAAUCGCGUCCAUACUGGUUUUGAGUGGAACAAGUACAAUCAGACCCAUUACGACAUGGACAAUCCGCCUCCAAAGAUUGUUCAGGGUUACAAAUUCAACAUCUUCUUCCCUGAUUUGAUCAACAAAAACUCUACACCUCAGUACACCAUCACGCCCUGUGCCGACAAUAAAGACUUUGGCAUCUUGCGAUUCCGCGCUGGUCCACCUUAUGAAGAUAUUGCCUUUAAAAUCGUCAAUCGCGAAUGGGAAUAUUCUUACAAGAAAGGAUUUCGUUGUCAGUUUCAUAACAACAUUAUGCAACUUUGGUUCCAUUUCAAACGCUACCGAUACCGUCGUUAGGCGAUUUUACUUUUAUCUUUUUUUUUUAUAUUACUUGAAUCCGAAUAAUACAAAACUUGCUUUUUCAGUUAA